UCGAUCAUCUCUGUUCUUGUUUGUAGCUGAUCAGAUAGAGUGAAUCAAUCGCCGAUCGUUCAAUAUGUGUGGAAUCUUAGCUGUUUUGGGCUGCUCUGACCAUUCCCAGGCCAAAAGAGCUCGCGUUCUUCAGCUCUCUCGCAGAUUGAAGCAUCGGGGACCGGAUUGGAGCGGAAUAUACCAGCACAAUGACUUCUACUUGGCUCACCAGCGCCUCGCCAUUGUGGAUCCUGCUUCUGGUGAUCAGCCUCUUUUCAACGAAGAUCGGAAUAUUGUUGUCACGGUGAACGGAGAGAUCUACAACCACGAAGAUCUGCGAAAACUUUUGUCGAAUCACAAGUUCCGCACUGGGAGCGAUUGUGAGGUUAUCGCACACUUGUAUGAAGAGUAUGGGGAGGAUUUUGUUCACAUGUUGGAUGGAAUGUUUUCUUUCGUCUUGCUGGAUACACGAGACAACAGCUUCGUCGUUGGCCGUGAUGCUAUUGGCAUCACUUCACUAUACAUCGGUUGGGGACUUGAUGGCUCGGUUUGGAUUUCGUCGGAGCUGAAAGGAUUGCACGAUGACUGCGAACAUUUUGAGGUGUUUCCACCUGGUCAUUUGUACUCGAGCAAACAAGGUGCAAUUAGGAGAUGGUACAAUCCUCCUUGGUUCUCCGACUCCAUUCCAACCGUUCCAUAUGAUCCGCUUCUCCUUCGACGUGCCUUUGAGAAUGCUGUUAUUAAGAGACUGAUGACUGAUGUGCCUUUUGGCGUUCUACUCUCUGGAGGCCUUGAUUCGUCGUUGGUGGCUUCGAUCACGGCUCGCCAUUUGGCCGGAACGAGGGCUGCCAAGCAUUGGGGAACUCAGCUCCAUUCAUUCUGCGUCGGUCUAGAGGGAUCCCCUGAUCUGAAAGCCGCAAGAGAAGUGUCCGAUUAUAUAGGAACAGUUCAUCACGAGUUUCACUUCACCGUUCAGGUAAAGAACCUGCCUCAACUUGAACCCGAAUAUUCAUGCAUAUACAUGUUCUCGAUUAAUUCAGUGGCGAAACUUUACAUCUGCCAGGAUGGAAUUGAUGCCAUCGAAGAUGUGAUUUACCAUAUUGAGACGUAUAACGUCACCACAAUCAGGGCAAGUACGCCCAUGUUCCUAAUGGCGAGGAAAAUCAAGGCCAUGGGGGUGAAAAUGGUGAUCUCCGGGGAGGGUGCAGAUGAGGUUUUCGGCGGUUACUUGUACUUCCACAGGGCACCCAAUAAAGAAGAGUUCCAUCGCGAGUCAUGUAGAAAGAUAAAGGCACUUCAUCAAUACGAUUGCUUGAGGGCUAAUAAAUCAACAUCUGCUUGGGGAUUAGAAGCUCGUGUCCCUUUUCUGGACAAGGAGUUCAUUGAAGUUGCGAUGAGCAUUGACCCAAAAUGGAAAAUGGUCAGGCCUGAAGAAGGAAUGAUUGAGAAAUGGAUAUUAAGAAAAGCCUUUGAUGAUGAAGAACAACCAUACCUGCCAAAGCACAUACUGUAUAGGCAGAAGGAGCAGUUCAGUGAUGGCGUGGGCUACAAGUGGAUUGACGGACUUAAAGCUCAUGCCGAGGAGCACGUGCACGACAAGAUGCUUCAAAAUGCUGCACAUAUCUUCCCUCACAACACACCAAAGUCAAAGGAAGCUUAUUACUACAGAAUGAUCUUUGAUAGGCUCUUCCCACAGAACUCGGCUCAGAUGACGGUUCCAGGAGGGGAAAGCGUAGCCUGCAGCACGGCUGAAGCUGUGGGAUGGGAUCCCUCAUGGUCGAAUAACCUUGACCCAUCUGGCAGGGCUGCCUUUGGCGUCCACCUCUCGGCUUAUCAGCAGACCAAUGGAAACAAUGGAAGUAUGCCAUUGAAGAUGGUUAACGGUUUGGUGAGUAGCUAGGUAAUGUAGUAUGUACUUACUAUAUUAUGGAUACUAUAUUACCAGUAUAUCUUUAAUAUAUAAUAAGGUAAUGUUAAA